AUGUGUCCAGUAACAAUCAGAACGGCGGCCUGCACGGUACUGAUAAGCAUAGUCUUCACUUUAUCCGGCUGUGUCACGGAAACCACCGGUGGCUUACCCGCGCCGGGGACUGAAUCCGAGCGCACCAAAGCACAAUUAGACCUGGCCCGUGGUUACAUCGAGCAACGGGAUUUUAAUCGCGCGCGUACCGCGCUUGAUUCUGCGCUGGAGAUAGAUCCACGUAACGUUGAAGCGCAUGUGCUCAAUGCAGUGCUGCUGCAUGCGCAAGGUGAGUAUGAACUGGCAGAAUUUCACUACAAAAGAGCGUUACGGUUAGACCCCGACAAUGCCCAGGCACUGAAUAACUAUGGCACGUUCUUAUAUUCCAGAGGUCGCUUUGAUGACGCGGUAGUGCCGCUGGCUCAACUGGUACAGGAUACUGGCUAUAGAGCCCGCUCUCAGGCCUUUGAAAACCUGGGUUUAGCCUACUUGCGCGCUGGCCGUGAUGAAGACGCCAAGGCCGCCUUAACGCGCGCGCUGGACCUUAACUUUCGCCAGGCUACUGCGAUUUUGGAGUUAGCGGAACUGGCAUUCAACGAUUCAGAUUUUGCACAGGCAGCGUCGUUACUGUCAGAUUUCAAAGCUGUCGCUCGACAGAAUGCGCGCAGUCUGUGUCUGGGCAUCAAAGUCGCUAAAGCAACCGGCAGAUCAGUGUCAGACGGACCUGUAACCGGUAACGCCGCCCCGGAUGGCCCCGGUGUAGCGCUUGCGCAGGCACGUGAAGCCGCAGAGAUUACCCAGCGGGAAGUCUCUGAUGCAUUAAACCUGCCCGUUGCAACGAUAGAUGCCAUCGAGCAGGAUGAUCGCGAUCAUCUGCCCGCUGAUGUCUUCACCCGCGGCUACAUACGUGCUUACGCCAGACUGUUGCAACUGGACCCAGGGCCAUUGGUUGCAGCCUUUGGUGGCAGUGUAGAUGACCCCGAGCUGGCGGCGUCAGUCGCUGACGCCGCUGCCAGCCAGCGCAACACUAAUCGUGGUUCCAAUUGGGUUAUUCCAGUGCGUCUGCCGCCUGGCGUAACACCUGCCAGGUUGAUGGCUGUUGGCAGUGUGUUGCUGCUGCUGAUUAUCCUGAUGAUCUGGUUUUUCUCAGGGGACACACCUGCUGAGAUAGACAACAAUCAAUCUCCGCCGACGGCUCCCACUCCAGAGCAGGCGGGUGAACCAAAUGCGACGUCGCAGAUGACAAACAGGACAACCCGCACGAUAACGCCCGAACCUAUGCAGAGUGCUUUAACCCAGGAACAACCAGCCGUGGCUGAGGCGCAGACGUUGCCAGAUGCGGUUGUAGACAUUGCACAAACGGCUGAUCUGGAACUUCAGCCAGACGUAUCCCAACCGGCCCAAGAACCCGCAGUGGUUGUUCAGGAACAGGUGCAGAGUAUGACGCCUCCAGGUGUGCGUCGCCUGACGCCCACUGGCGCCGAUCGGCUCAGCAUCGAGUUUACCGAAGAGUGUUGGGUGGAAAUCAAAGACCCGGAGGGCAAUUUGCUCUACGGUAAUCUUGGUCGCCCAGGCACGCAGCUAGCGUUUGUUGGUGCAGCACCCUUCAGGGUGUUGUUGGGAUACGCGCCCGGUGCGAUGCUUAAGUACAACGCCGAGCCUGUGGCUCUGGGUCCGCACACGCGCAACAACGUUGCGUCUCUUGUUUUAGGCCAGUAG